AUGUCUCCGAAAAUCUCUGAAGCUCAGGAACGUCGGUCUCAAGCUGACGAACGUCUGUCUGAAACUGAGGAACGUCGGUCUGAAGCUGAGGAACAUCGGUCUGAAACUGAGGAACGUCGGUCUGAAGCUGAGGAACGUCGGUCUCAAGCUGACGAACGUCGGUCUGAAACUGAGGAACGUCGGUCUCAGGCUGACAAACGUCGGUCUGAAACUGAGGAACGUCGGUCUGAAGCUGAGGAACGUCGGUCUCAGGCUGACGAACGUCGGUCUCAGGCCGAGGAACGUCGGUCUGAAGCUGAGGAACGUCGGUCUCAAGCUGACGAACGUCGGUCUGAAACUGAGGAACGUCGGUCUCAGGCUGACGAACGUCGGUCUCAAGCUGACGAACGUCGGUCUGAAACUGAGGAACGUCGGUCUGAAGCUGAGGAACGUCGGUCUGAAGCUGAGGAACGUCGGUCUCAAGCUGACGAACGUCGGUCUGAAACUGAGGAACGUCGGUCUGAAGCUGAGGAACGUCAGUCUCAGGCUGAGGAACGUCGGUCUCAGGCUGAAAAAUGUCGGUCUCAGGCUGACGAACGUCGGUCUCAGGCUGAGGAAAGUCGGUCUGAAGCUGAGGAACGUCGGUCUCAGGCUGAGGAAAGUCGGUCUGAAGCUGAGGAACGUCGGUCUCAAGCUGAGGAACGUCGGUCUCAAGCUGACGAACGUCGGUCUGAAACUGAGGAACGUCGGUCUCAGGCUGACGAACGUCGGUCUCAAGCUGACGAACGUCGGUCUGAAACUGAGGAACGUCGGUCUGAAGUUGAGGAACGUCGGUCUGAAGCUGAGGAAAGUCGGUCUGAAACUGAGGAACAUCGGUCUGAAGCUGAGGAACGUCGGUCUCAGGCCGAGGAACGUCGGUCUGAAGCUGAGGAAUGUCGGUCUGAAACUGAGGAACGUCGGUCUGAAGUUGAGGAACGUCGGUCUGAAGCUGAGGAACCUCAGUCUCAGGCUGAGGAACGUCAGUCUCAGGCUGAGGAACGUCAGUCUCAGGCUGACGAACGUCGGUCUCAGGCUGAGGAAAGUCGGUCUGAAACUGAGGAACAUCGGUCUGAAGCUGAGGAACGUCGGUCUCAGGCCGAGGAACGUCGGUCUGAAGCUGAGGAAUGUCGGUCUGAAACUGAGGAACGUCGGUCUGAAGCUGAGGAACGUCGGUCUCAAGCUGACGAACGUCGGUCUGAAACUGAGGAACGUCGGUCUCAGGCUGACAAACGUCGGUCUGAAACUGAGGAACGUCGGUCUGAAGCUGAGGAACGUCGGUCUCAGGCUGAGGAACGUCGGUCUGAAACUGAGGAACGUCGGUCUGAAGCUGAGGAACGUCGGUCUCAGGCCGAGGAACGUCGGUCUCAAGCUGAGGAACGUCGGUCUGAAACUGAGGAACGUCGGUCUCAAGCUGAGGAACGUCGGUCUGAAGCUGAGGAACGUCGGUCUCAAGCUGACGAACGUCGGUCUGAAACUGAGGAACGUCGGUCUCAGGCUGAGGAACGUUGGUCUGAAGCUGAGGAACGUCGGUCUCAGGCUGAGGAACGUCGGUGUAAAGCUGAGGAACGUCGGUCUAAACCUGAGGAACAUCAGUCUCAGUCUGACAAACGUCGGUCUAAAGCUGAGGAACCUCAGUCUCAGGCUGAGGAACGUCAGUCUCAGGCUGAGGAACGUCGGUCUCAGUCUGACGGACGUCGGUCUGAAACUGAGGAACGUCGGUCUCAGGCCAAGGAACGUUGGUCUAAAGCUGAGAAACAUCAGUCUCAGGCUGAGGAAUGUCGGUCUCAGGCUGAGGAACGUCAGUCUAAAGCUGAGGAACCUCAGUCUCAGGCUGAGGAACGUCGGUCUCAGGCUGAGGAACAUCAGUCUCAGGCUGAGGAACGUCGGUCUCAGGCUGAGGAACGUCGGUCUCAGGCUGAGGAACGUCGGUCUGAAACUGAGGAACGUCGGUCUCAGGCUGAGGAACGUCGGUCUGAAGCUGAGGAACGUCGGUCUAAAGCUGAGGAACCUCAGUCUCAGGCUGAGGAACGUCAGUCUCAGGCUGAGGAACGUCAGUCUCAGGCUGAGGAACAUCUGUCUCAGGCUGAGGAACGUCGGUCUCAGGCUGAGGAACGUCGGUCUCAGGCUGAGGAACGUCGGUGUAAAGCUGAGGAACGUCGGUCUAAAGCUGAGGAACAUCAGUCUCAGUCUGACAAACGUCGGUCUAAAGCUGAGGAACCUCAGUCUCAGGCUGAGGAACGUCAGUCUCAGGCUGAGGAACGUCGGUCUCAGGCUGAGGAACGUCGGUCUCUGUCUGACGAACGUCGGUCUGAAACUGAGGAACAUCAGUCUCAGUCUGACGAACGUCGGUCUGAAACUGAGGAACGUUGGUCUCAGGCUGAGGAACGUCAGUCUCAGGCUGAGGAACGUCGGUCUCAGGCUGAGGAACGUCGGUCUCUGUCUGACGAACGUCGGUCUGAAACUGAGGAACAUCAGUCUCAGGCUGAGGAAAGUCGGUCUCAGGCUGAGGAAUGUCGGUCUCAGGCUGACGAACGUCGGUCUCAGGCUGAGGAAAGUCGGUCUGAAGCUGAGGAACGUCGGUCUCAGGCUGAGGAAAGUCGAUCUGAAGCUGAGGAACGUCGGUCUCAAGCUGAGGAACGUCGGUCUCAAGCUGACGAACGUCGGUCUGAAUCUGAGGAACGUCGGUCUCAGGCUGACGAACGUCGGUCUCAAGCUGACGAACGUCGGUCUGAAACUGAGGAACGUCGGUCUGAAGUUGAGGAACGUCGGUCUCAGGCUGAGGAAAGUCGGUCUGAAACUGAGGAACAUCGGUCUGAAGCUGAGGAACGUCGGUCUCAGGCCGAGGAACGUCGGUCUGAAGCUGAGGAAUGUCGGUCUGAAACUGAGGAACGUCGGUCUGAAGUUGAGGAACGUCGGUCUGAAGCUGAGGAACCUCAGUCUCAGGCUGAGGAACGUCAGUCUCAGGCUGAGGAACGUCAGUCUCAGGCUGACGAACGUCGGUCUCAGGCUGACGAACGUCGGUCUGAAACUGAGGAACAUCGGUCUGAAGCUGAGGAACGUCGGUCUCAGGCCGAGGAACGUCGGUCUGAAGCUGAGGAAUGUCGGUCUGAAACUGAGGAACGUCGGUCUGAAGCUGAGGAACGUCGGUCUCAAGCUGACGAACGUCGGUCUGAAACUGAGGAACGUCGGUCUCAGGCUGACAAACGUCGGUCUGAAACUGAGGAACGUCGGUCUGAAGCUGAGGAACGUCGGUCUCAGGCUGACGAACGUCGGUCUGAAACUGAGGAACGUCGGUCUGAAGCUGAGGAACGUCGGUCUCAGGCCGAGGAACGUCGGUCUCAAGCUGACGAACGUCGGUGUGAAACUGAGGAACGUCGGUCUGAAGCUGAGGAACGUCGGUCUGAAGCUGAGGAACGUCGGUCUCAAGCUGACGAACGUCGGUCUGAAACUGAGGAACGUCGGUCUCAGGCUGAGGAACGUGGGUCUGAAGCUGAGGAACGUCGGUCUCAGGCUGAGGAACGUCGGUGUAAAGCUGAGGAACGUCGGUCUAAACCUGAGGAACAUCAGUCUCAGUCUGACAAACGUCGGUCUAAAGCUGAGGAACCUCAGUCUCAGGCUGAGGAACGUCGGUCUCAGGCUGAGGAACGUCGGUCUCAGUCUGACGGACGUCGGUCUGAAACUGAGGAACGUCGGUCUCAGGCCAAGGAACGUUGGUCUAAAGCUGAGAAACAUCAGUCUCAGGCUGAGGAAUGUCGGUCUCAGGCUGAGGAACGUCAGUCUAAAGCUGAGGAACCUCAGUCUCAGGCUGAGGAACGUCGGUCUAAAGCUGAGGAACAUCAGUCUCAGGCUGAGGAACGUCGGUCUCAGGCUGAGGAACGUCGGUCUCAGGCUGAGGAACGUCGGUCUGAAGCUGAGGAACGUCGGUCUCAGGCUGAGGAACGUCGGUGUAAAGCUGAGGAACGUCGGUCUAAAGCUGAGGAACCUCAGUCUCAGGCUGAGGAACGUCAGUCUCAGGCUGAGGAACGUCAGUCUCAGGCUGAGGAACAUCAGUCUCAGGCUGAGGAACGUCGGUCUCAGGCUGAGGAACGUCGGUCUCAGGCUGAGGAACGUCGGUGUAAAGCUGAGGAACGUCGGUCUAAAGCUGAGGAACAUCAGUCUCAGUCUGACAAACGUCGGUCUAAAGCUGAGGAACCUCAGUCUCAGGCUGAGGAACGUCAGUCUCAGGCUGAGGAACGUCGGUCUCAGGCUGAGGAACGUCGGUCUCUGUCUGACGAACGUCGGUCUGAAACUGAGGAACAUCAGUCUCAGUCUGACGAACGUCGGUCUGAAACUGAGGAACGUUGGUCUCAGGCUGAGGAACGUCAGUCUCAGGCUGAGGAACGUCGGUCUCAGGCUGAGGAACGUCGGUCUCAGGCUGACGAACGUCGGUCUGAAACUGAGGAACAUCAGUCUCAGUCUGACGAACGUCGGUCUAAAGCUGAGGAACAUCAGUCUCAGUCUGACAAACGUCGGUCUAAAGCUGAGGAACCUCAGUCUCAGGCUGAGGAACGUCAGUCUCAGGCUGAGGAACGUCGGUCUCAGGCUGAGGAACGUCGGUCUCAGUCUGACGAACGUCGGUCUGAAACUGAGGAACGUUGGUCUCAGGCUGAGGAACGUCGGUCUAAAUCUGAGGAACAUCAGUCUCAGGCUGAGGAACGUCGGUCUCAGGCUGAGGAACGUCGGUCUAAAGCUGAGGAACAUCAGUCUCAGUCUGACAAACGUCGGUCUAAUGCUGAGGAACGUCGGUCUAAAGCUGAGGAACGUCAGUCUCAGGCUGAGGAACAUCAGUCUCAGGCUGAGGAACGUCGGUCUCAGGCUGAGGAACGUCGGUCUCAGGCUGAGGAACAUCAGUCUCAGGCUGAGGAACAUCAGUCUCAGGCUGAGGAACGUCGGUCUCAGGCUGAGGAACAUCAGUCUCAGGCUGAGGAACAUCGGUCUCAAAAUGAAGAACGUCGGUCUCAGGCUGAGGAACGUCGGUCUCAGGCUGAGGAACGUCGGUGUAAAGCUGAGGAUCGUCGGUCUAAAGCUGAGGAACAUCAGUCUCAGUCUGACAAACGUCGGUCUAAAGCUGAGGAACCUCAGUCUCAGGCUGAGGAACGUCAGUCUCAGGCUGAGGAACGUCGGUCUCAGUCUGACGAACGUCGGUCUGAAACUGAGGAACAUCAGUCUCAGUCUGACGAACGUCGGUCUAAAGCUGAGGAACGUCAGUCUCAGGCUGAGGAACGUCGGUCUCAGGCUGAGGAACGUCGGUCUCAGGCUGAGGAACGUCGGUCUGAAACUGAGGAACAUCAGUCUCAGUCUGACGAACGUCGGUCUGAAACUGAGGAACGUUGGUCUCAGGCUGAGGAACGUCAGUCUCAGGCUGAGGAACGUCGGUCUCAGGCUGAGGAACGUCGGUCUCUGUCUGACGAACGUCGGUCUGAAACUGAGGAACAUCAGUCUCAGUCUGACGAACGUCGGUCUAAAGCUGAGGAACAUCAGUCUCAGUCUGACAAACGUCGGUCUAAAGCUGAGGAACCUCAGUCUCAGGCUGAGGAACGUCAGUCUCAGGCUGAGGAACGUCGGUCUCAGGCUGAGGAACGUCGGUCUCAGUCUGACGAACGUCGGUCUGAAACUGAGGAACGUUGGUCUCAGGCUGAGGAACGUCGGUCUAAAUCUGAGGAACAUCAGUCUCAGGCUGAGGAACGUCGGUCUCAGGCUGAGGAACGUCGGUCUAAAGCUGAGGAACAUCAGUCUCAGUCUGACAAACGUCGGUCUAAAGCUGAGGAACGUCGGUCUAAAGCUGAGGAACGUCAGUCUCAGGCUGAGGAACAUCAGUCUCAGGCUGAGGAACGUCGGUCUCAGGCUGAGGAACAUCAGUCUCAGGCUGAGGAACAUCAGUCUCAGGCUGAGGAACGUCGGUCUCAGGCUGAGGAACAUCAGUCUCAGGCUGAGGAACAUCGGUCUCAAAAUGAAGAACGUCGGUCUCAGGCUGAGGAACGUCGGUCUCAGGCUGAGGAACGUCGGUGUAAAGCUGAGGAUCGUCGGUCUAAAGCUGAGGAACAUCAGUCUCAGUCUGACAAACGUCGGUCUAAAGCUGAGGAACCUCAGUCUCAGGCUGAGGAACGUCAGUCUCAGGCUGAGGAACGUCGGUCUCAGUCUGACGAACGUCGGUCUGAAACUGAGGAACAUCAGUCUCAGUCUGACAAACGUCGGUCUAAAGCUGAGGAACCUCAGUCUCAGGCUGAGGAACGUCAGUCUCAGGCUGAGGAACGUCGGUCUCAGUCUGACGAACGUCGGUCUGAAACUGAGGAACGUCGGUCUCAGGCUGAGGAACGUCGGUCUAAAGCUGAGGAACAUCAGUCUCAGGCUGAGGAACGUCGGUCUCAGGCUGAGGAACGUCGGUCUAAAGCUGAGGAACAUCAGUCUCAGUCUGACAAAUGCGGUCUAAAGCUGAGGAACGUCGGUCUAAAGCUGAGGAACGUCAGUCUCAGGCUGAGGAACAUCAGUCUCAGGCUGAGGAACGUCGGUCUCAGGCUGAGGAACAUCAGUCUCAGGCUGAGGAACAUCAGUCUCAGGCUGAGGAACGUCGGUCUCAGGCUGAGGAACAUCAGUCUCAGGCUGAGGAACAUCGGUCUCAAAAUGAAGAACGUCGGUCUCAGGCUGAGGAACGUCGGUCUCAGGCUGAGGAACGUCGGUGUAAAGCUGAGGAUCGUCGGUCUAAAGCUGAGGAACAUCAGUCUCAGGCUGAGGAACGUCGGUCUCAGGCUGAGGAACAUCAGUCUCAGGCUGAGGAACAUCAGUCUCAGGCUGAGGAACGUCGGUCUCAGGCCGAGGAUCGUCGGUCUCAGGCUGAGGAACGUCUGUCUCAAAAUGAAGAACGUCGGUCUCAGUCCGAGGAUCGUCGGUCUCAGGCUGAAGAACGUCGGUGUAAAGCCGAGGAACGUCGGUCUCAGGCUGAGGAACGUCGGUCUAAAGCUGAGGAACAUCAGUCUCAGGCUGAGGAACGUCGGUCUCAGGCUGAAGAACGUCGGUCUCAAAAUGAAGAACCUCGGUCUGAGGCUAAGGAACGUCUUUCUGAGGCUGAGGAACGUCUGUCUGAAGCUCAGGAACCCUGCUCUGGAAGCUGCUUGUCUGGUGUUGCUUAAACUUCAUUAA